CGAUCCAUUACCGUUGUGGACAUCACUGGUGUUCAUAUGGUCUGCGUUGUGUGGUGCAGCUGCCCAUCGGGUGACAGCGACCAUCUUCAGCUCCUGGCAAUGGGUCUAUACCCUGCUACAGUCAAACAGCCUGCGACCGCGUUCACCUUCCGAGCACUGGACGACUUCCUUCUAGCUAACAAGAUCUCCGGAAACGCAGCUCAGAGCUACUUCGAGCGAUUGCGACGUUUGACAAGCCCAUCGUUUCCAGAUGAUGUCCCGGAUCGAUAUAGGGAGCUGCUUCGCGUUAGUCGUCAAUGGCGAAAUUUAAAAUACCGAAAGUGGUAUGGAUUUGGGCAUGGUCGCAGUGACAUAGGACCGGGAUCCCUCGCGUUGGCCUGUGUCGCUUGCCCUCGUCCAGGCGUCAACCUCCUGCCAGGCUGGGAGCAGGAUCAAGAGCAAUGGAAGUACACCCAAACCUUCGUGAUGGAUGGCAACUUCAGCGCGGAACAUCUGAAGAUGAAACUGCCUUUGGAAGACAUUGCGUUGGCGGACGGCCACGGAUUCAUGGUAACGGACAAGCCUUACAAACAGCACGUCGCUACAGCAGCUGAUCGUCGAGAAAAAUCCACAUGCCAUGCGCAUCGCGCGGUCAACGCGGCCAAC